AUGUGGGCUGCACUGAUCGUGGGUCGUGCGAUUGCUGGUUUGGGAUGCGCGGGUCUGCUGGUCGGCGCCUUUUCCCUCGUUCCAUUCAUCGCUCCACCGGCAAAGCGCCCUAUCAUGAUCGGCCUCAUCUCAGCCUCCCGUGGACUCGCAACAACCUUUGGCCCAUUAAUCGGAGGAGCUCUAACCGAGAGGGUCUCCUGGCGUUGGAACUUCUAUAUCAACCUGCCGCUUGGUCGUGAGAGCGAAGCUUUUACCUCCUGGACGGAUCUGGUGCAGAACCUUGAUCUUUUUGGCCUGGUAUCGUUGCUUCCGUCGGUUGUUUGCCUUCUCCUUGCGCUGCAGUGGGGUGGGAUCACAUAUCCGUGGUCGGAUCCUCGCGUUAUUGUGUUGCUAGUCCUCUGCGGAGGUUUGGCUAUAGCUUUUACCUUGACUGAGAUGUGGCAAGGCCCCGAAGCACUCCUGCCGCCUCGCGUCUUCACUCAGCGAACCGUCUCAGCUGCGUCCUUCUACGGAUUUUGCACGACCGGUGCCAUUUUUGUGCUAACUUACUAUCUCCCUAUAUGGUUCCAAGGAGUUCGGGGUGCCAGUCCAAUCCAAUCCGGGCUGUACACACUUCCCUGGGUUAUCACUAGUACCAUCAUGUCGCUCACAGUGGGAAUCCUCAUUGCCAAAGUGGGUCAUGCUGAUGCAUUUAUGGUCAUUGCAACGGUUUUCGGUGCAGUUGGGUCAGGCCUCUUUACCACAUUUACUGUCGAGACCAGUAACGGGAAAUGGAUCGGCCAUCAGAUUAUCUUCGCGGUAUCGUCGAGUAUCUCUAGUAUUACCCCGUUGAUGAUGACGCAGGCUGCCCUUCCCCUCAAGGAUAUUCCCAUCGGUUCUGGCAUGGUCAUGUUCUUUCAAACCAUUGGCGCUUCAAUCUUCGUCUCUGUGGCACAAGCAUUGUUCACAAAUGGUCUUGUCAAUGGCCUCGAACGCACUGGCAUGACUGGGUUUGAAGCGGGUACUGUGGCGUCACAAGGCAUCACCAACCUUACCAAAAGCUUGACCGGUGAUAUCAAGAGAAGGGUCCUUGUCAUUAUUAAUAACGCUCUCACACAGUCGUGGCACCUUACCGUUGUUCUAAGCUGCAUCGCUCUUCUCGGAGCGCUAGCGGUGGAACACGGCAAGGUGAAAAGGAGGACUUGA